AUGCUAAACCUAAUGGAGAUGUAUGGGGUGGAUGGAUAUCUUACACUUACUUCGGACGAACACCUAAAUGAGUAUAUAGGAGAGGGAGAUCAAAGGGUUAGGUUCCUGACGGGGUUUUCUGGAUCGAACGGAAUGGCUGUAACAUGUGCCUAUCCUGCUUUGUAUACGGAUUCGAGGUAUUACAUUCAAGCAGCAAACGAGUCGAAGAAGUACAAGCUUAAGAAGAUGGAAGAAGACGAGAGAAUUGAAGAGUAUUUGGAAGCAUGCAAAUGUAAACAGAUUGGAAUAUGCAAGAAGUUCAUGAGAUCUAAGAGAUACGAGGAUCUAAAGAAGAGGUUGGAGUCCAAAGGAAUAUCUUUGAAGCCUAUUGAUGAGGAUCUUGUGGAUAUCUUGUGGAAAGACAAGCCGAAAAGGACAUUUAAUAAGGUGUAUAGUAUUGAAGAAGAGAGGAUUUCGAAGUACAAAGAGGAGCUUAUGGAAUUGUGCCAAGAUCCUGAGGACAAGAAUAUAUUAGAAGGGAAAGUCCUUGAUAGGGAUGUUAGCGUUGUUGGAAGAACAUAUAAGGAAAAGAUAGAAGAGAUAAGAUCAUUUCUUGAGGUAGGCCAAACAAUGGUCUUUACGGAGCUUGACACAAUAGCCUGGAUGUUUAAUCUCAGAGGAUCGGAUGUUUCCUACAACCCUGUUUUUUACUCUUACGCCCUUUUAUCCAAGGAUUCAGCAAAGCUAUUUACCAAUGAAGGGAAUAUAAAGAUGGAUGGAGUGGAAGUUUAUCCUUACGACGACUUCUCCAAACAUGCAGCAGAGCUCGAGGGUGAUAUUAUUAUUUCCGGGGAGUGUAAUGCAUAUAUAAAGGAUCUGUUCAAGAACGUGCAGUAUUGCGACAAGGUGAGGCUUCUCCAGUCGCAGAAGAGAGAGGUAGAAAUCGAAGGAUUCCGUUUGUCUUAUAUGUUUGAUGGAAUGGCACUUGUAGAGCUAUUUGAGUGGAUAGAUCUAAGUCUUGAUAAGGGGAUAUCUGAAAAGAAUAUCAAAGAGAAGCUGGAAGAGAUCAAGAAAAGGUUUUCUGGAUAUGUCCAGCCCAGCUUUGAAUCAAUAGUUGGAGGAGGGCCAAAUGGAGCAAUUGUUCACCACAAGGCAAGUGAUAGGCCUGUAUCUCGAGAUGAAGUUAUCCUUAUUGAUAGCGGGUCUCAAUACAUGUUUGGAACCACAGACACCACACGGACCUUGCAUUUUGGAAAUCCAAAAGACGAGGAAAGAAAGAGCUACACCCGUGUUCUCAAAGGACAACUAAGAUCAAUGAGGAUGAAAUUUCCGCUCUCUAUGAAUGCAUCUGUGCUGGAUUCAAUGUCAAGAAUAGACUUGUGGAGCGAGAUGCUUGACUACGGGCAUGCUACAGGGCACGGAGUGGGGCACUUUCUGUGUGUUCACGAACAUCCCCCAACCAUCUCCUUUGGAGGUGAACAGACUCUAAAACCUGGGCAGGUGUUUUCGAUUGAGCCGGGGUUUUACAAGGAGGGAGAAUAUGGGAUAAGAAUUGAAAAUCUUGUAUAUCUGAAAGAAAUCAAUCAGAAGUUCUACAAGAUCCAAAACUUGACCUUUGUCCCAUAUCACCUCAAGCUUGUAGAUACCGCCAUGAUGUCCCAGGAAGAGGUAGAUCAUUUGAACAGAAUCUCCGAAGAGAUAAGACUCAUCUUGAAACCCCUCAUGAAAGGAAGACCUGGAUACAGGUAUCUUAUGGAAAAUACAGAACCUAUCAGUAAAUAA